AUGAUUCCGAGGCUCAAAACACCCUCUCAAAUAAGCAACACUGACAGCGAAAUUGGAAUCAAGACUGCGCAAAUUGCGGAUACACUGUGGCACCAGGCCGUGGAAGCUGAAGAUCACGCGGAAAGACUUGAAAGCGUGUACCGCGUGGGCAGUUUGUAUUCAUUAGUAGAGAGUGUAGUGAGUGGUGCUCUCGCGGCAUUAGCAGGGCAAACGAUGGGAGAGGAGGCAUUGUACGUGACCGUCAUGGCGAGUGAAGAUCUGAUAGACUGGGAAGCAUUCAAAAUUACUGCUAACGAGCUCGGCUUCACUACCGUUCCCAGUGAAAAGCCAACAAUCUCCGCUCCCACGACGGAUCUUUCAACUCCUGACAUCGUCAACACGACCUCCCAUACGGAAGCUUCCCACGACAAGGUAAUGCGAGACCUGCACACCCUUCUUCUCGAGACCGAAGUUCGCGAGGUCAUCUUGUCUGACCGAGCAUGGACCAUCCGAAGGACAUUCGGUGAAAGUGCAUGUCUGGAGAAGGCCGCAGAUGGAACAUUGAAGCACGCUCGAGGAUAUCCAAAGGUUAGACAACUAAAAAAGCGAGGUGUUUUAGCAGAAUUCGAAUGA